AAGAUCUUAAAACGGUAACAAAGAAGGUCUGCUGCAGAACCAGCAGGGGGCGCUCUGGCAGAGUCAGAUGAUUUCAGCUGAAGUGGAAAUCAUCCAGUGGGAUUAUUUUACAGGUUAAACCAGUUUGCAGCAAAAAUACUAAUGUGUUUUUAACAUAAAAUGAAUCGACAUGCACAAACAUCAUGUUUUCCUCCACAUCAGCGUUUAAUAAAGGCAGUAAAGCGAGGCGUGCUGUCUGGGGGGGGGGGACGUGGACGUAGUCUGGUUGUUGAGUCACGUCCUGCUCCGCCUCGGGCCAGAGACAAGCUGCAGCCUGCAGAGACACUCACACCUCCUCUUUGUUGCUUCACUCUGCACUGCUUCACUGUCAUCUUUCAAAUAAAUGCUGACUCAUCUUUACCCCGAACCCCCCGCCCUGCUACCCUGAGGGGGUCAAAAUGUCCCACAUGGCCCCGGUUAAAGCUGAGGUUUGAGCUCAGGGCAGCGGGGGGGUCGGUUCAGCUCAGAUCCAUGAAGCUGCUUUGAAUUUAAGCAGUCAAAUUAAGCUCCGCCCCCACCUGAGACCAGGUGAGACAGGAACGAGUGAUGUGGGGGAGGAGAAAGACGAGCAGCGGAAAGAAGGAGCCAAAGAACGGCAGAGGUCCUGGACUCACCUGGACUCUGCGGCCAGGCUGCAGUGGACCGAGCUGAUCUGGAUCGAACCGGGUCCACCUGAGGGUGCGAGACGACGACACAAACAGGCUUUACUUCCCAGCCGCUCCACCGUCGUGGAAAUGUUUCGCCGCAGGAAGAAGAAGCACCGGCUGGAGAUCUCGGCGCCGAAGGACUUCCAGCACCGGGUCCACACGUCCUUCGACGUCUCCACGGGUCGGUUCGUGGGCCUGCCGCCUCAGUGGCAGAGCGUCAUCGAAACGCUGAAGAGACCACGCCCCCUUGUAGACCCCUCCAGGAUCACCAACAUAGAACUUGAACCCAGAAAGACGAUCGUUCGCGGCAGCUUCAUCGGUCACGGUGACUACAUCAGUCAGGUCAUCGCUGACAUGGGCCGUGUGUCCGUCACCGGCUCAAACUCUCUGCGCCGCAGCAGCCCGUCGGCACGAAAACGAGCCCAGUCCCUGGGCCGGCUGGGGGAACUGGUGGAGAACGAUUCGUACCAUUACGAGAAGAUUGACAACCACAAUCAGAGCACGAAUUCCGGCAGGAGCCCCACCUACUGGCAGGACCGCAUCAGACAGGUGCGCAGCGAGAGCGGCAGCCCCAAGGUCAACAGAGACCUACACAGAACCAAGUCCAGCUCCCAGGUGGGCUCUCCAACUGAGGACACACCCCUCACACCUGGGACACCUCUGAGAACAGGUGACACUAGUGAACGGUGUGUCCGCAAUGAGGGGGCGGGACAAAAACAGAGACCGACUUCCUGUCUCUACAACUUACAGACUGCAGACACCAAUAAGUUUCAGCUAAGACUCAGACCAGGUGCGAAUCACCUGCCUGACCUGCUGUCCUCUUCUAGAGAAACUCCUAAGAGACCACAGUCCUCUUAUGACCUCAGGUUGCCCACCUCCCGCCCUCUGUUACCCCCACCUAACGGCACCAGCAGCCCCCUCAUCACAGGCAGAGGGCUACCACCGCUCUCUCCCCGCCCCGCCUCCACUUACAGCACUCCUACGAGAACGUCAAGCUCGCCAACCCCCCGCAGCCCCUCGCAGCCCCAUCCCUCCGCCUUGGGUUCCCCAGCUCUCCCCCGUGUAACCACCGCCAAAACCCCACCCAGCGGCGGACCGCAGAAAGUGACUCAUGAGCAGUUUAAGGCAGCGCUGCAGAUGGUUGUGGACCCAGGGGACCCCAGGAUGACUCUGGAGAACUUUGUGAAAAUCGGCGAGGGGUCCACGGGCGUGGUAUGCAUCGCCCGAGAGAGGCACACCGGGCGUCAGGUGGCGGUGAAGAUGAUGGACCUGAGGAAGCAGCAGCGCAGAGAACUGCUCUUUAAUGAGGUGGUCAUCAUGAGGGACUACCAACACAUGAACGUAGUGGAAAUGUUCCGCAGCGCUUUGGUGGAGGAUGAGCUGUGGGUCAUUAUGGAGUACCUGCAGGGCGGCGCGCUGACCCACAUCAUUGGUGAAACCAGGUUGAAUGAGGAGCAGAUAGCGACGGUGUGUGAGGGCGUUCUGCAGGCUCUGACCUAUCUCCACUCCCAGGGCGUCAUCCACAGAGACAUCAAGAGCGACUCCAUCCUGCUGACUCUGGACGGCAGGAUAAAGCUGUCAGACUUUGGUUUCUGCGCACAGAUCAAUAAAGAUGUGCCAAAGAGGAAGUCUUUGGUCGGGACGCCGUACUGGAUGGCUCCUGAAGUCAUCUCCAAAAUGCCAUAUGGCACCGAGGUGGACAUUUGGUCAAUGGGCAUCAUGGUGGUAGAGAUGGUGGAUGGUGAGCCUCCAUAUUUUAAUGAAACGCCCAUCAGCGCCAUGAAGAAGCUGAGAGACGAAGCAGAGCCAAGUGUGAAGAACAUCCAGAGGGUGUCUCCAGUUUUGAAGGACUUCCUGAAUUGCAUGUUGACUCGUGACACGCAGCAGCGCAGCUGUGCCAGUGACCUGCUGGAGCACCCGUUUCUGCUACAGGCCGGCCCGCCACGUUGCCUGGUACCACUGGUGGAGCAGUACCGCAAACGUAUGUCGCUCUGCUGAUCAGCUCAGACCCACUUGGAAUCGUACCUGAACAUUUCCCAGACCCUUACAGGGGCUUAUACUUGAGAGUCAUCAAGAGUGUACCUGAGAUCUUUUUUGGUCACCUGUUACCAGGCUUGAAAUCUAACUGAGAUUAUACCAAAAGCUGACCUGAACUUCAAACUUGAUUUAGAAGGGCUGAAACCUGACACUAUGCUCAAGAUUCAUUUUGUAAUUUAACUGAGACUCACCUGAGUUCAUACCUGAGAUUCCUGUGGAGUUUCCUGGAAUCAUACCUCCAUUUGGGAUCAAGUUCAUACUUGAAAAGCGCGUGGCGUUACAUCUUAGAUUCAGCUUCUGUUGGACUCAAGUAGGACAAUACCUGAAACUCAAAUACGAACAAGCCUGUUGGUGACCUGGGAUGAUACCUGAGAGAAUGCGUACGACAUGAGGAAAUACACACGAGACUUACCUGAGUUUAUUCUUGGAAGACACACCUGGGUGUAUACCUGAGAUCACUGCUAAGAAUAUUCUAGGACUGUACCCUAAAUUUACUUGAGCUCAUUCCUGAAACUCACCUGUGAUAAUCUCUUCGGCUCAUCUGUGUUUACUGGAAAUCAUCCAUAAAAUUCACUAAGAACUACGUAUAUUCACUGUCAUACCUGGGAUUAUUCUCAAACCUUGUGAGAUCACCUCGAGUUGUGCUUUUGGCUCCUGAUAUCACUGCUGAGGGUCAACUGGCUUGAAUCGAUUUUAUGUUUAAAAUUCACCUGAUAUCUCAGACACUCGGCUGGGCUUAUUUCUGAGAAUCACCUCAGUUUUGCUUCAAACUCACCCUUUCCAGGAUCAGUUCAGUUUGAGUAUCUGUUUUUAUUUGAGCAGCCAAUCAUGGCAUGUUUUCUGUAAGCUCCACCCCUCCCUGCCAGGGCUUUAGUCUGAGGUUUGAACUUUGACCUCUUGCUGCUGACUGGUUUGUUUAACCAGAAACAGAUGGUUUUACCUGUAAACACACCUGU